ACACACACGAGUAAUCUGUCCUUCAGUAAACACUACAAAUGGGUCACUUAACCUUAUCAUCGACGACGAUGUUGUCCCAUGGCGUCUUGGUGGUGGUAAUCUUCUUGUCCUUUUCUGCGCAACACACAGAGGGUCAGGCUACAGAAGAAACCACAACAACAAAGGAACUGGAGGAUGUUAAAUGCCCUCAUCUCCCCUGUCCGUUGCCUGGAAACUGCAUCCACAAGGUAUGGAGUCAUUUCUGGUACCACGGAAAGCUCUGCAAGGGAUGUCAGUUCUGUGUCAACGGUACCAGCGCAAAGACCUUUGAUAGUUUAGAUGAGGACGUGAAGUGUCCCCGACUACCUUGUCCCCCGCCACCUCGCACCAACUGCUCACGCACAGCAUGGAGCUUCUUCUGGUAUCAUGGCAAGUUUUGCAAGGGUUGCCAGUACUGUGUCAUCGUUCACGGGUCAGAUCACACAGACACCUUGCCACAGGACGUGAAGUGUCCCCAUCUACCUUGCCCACUCCCCGCAAACUGCACACGUAAAGCCUGGAGCUUCUUCUGGUAUCACGGAAUGUUUUGCAAGGGUUGUCAGAACUGUAUACCGGAGGAUACCGAAACAGGUCUCACUGACAGUGCUGCUAAGGAUGUGAAAUGUCCGCAUCUCCCCUGCCCAUUCCCUGGCAACUGCACCCACAAGGUGUGGAGUCAUUUCUGGUACCACGGCAAGCUGUGCAAGGGAUGUCAGUUCUGUGUCAACGUUACCAGCACCACGACAGACGAUGCUGUCCCUGACACGAGUCCAAGUUGCCCCCAUCUACCCUGCCCACCGCCUUUCCCGAACUGUGCCAGGUUUGAGUGGACUCACUUCACCUACGAGGGCAAGGUGUGCCGCGGGUGUCAGAUGUGUGUGUACUGGAACAUAUCCAGGCCGGCCGCCAGACAGGUCCACCUCGAGUGCCCGGUGUUCAAGUGUCCAGCCCCUGGCCCGUGUGACACGCCCUACUCCAUCCACGAAGUGACCAUCCCCGGAGUCUCACACAAAUGCCCCGGAUGUCCGUACUGUCCAUCCGAGUCCAGUCCGGUCAAACGAUUACUUGCAUCGUGCCCCGACGUGAGUUGUGCUGAACCUGGGCCAUGUGACGUGCCCUUGAAGAUGUCGACUCUCGACAUUGACGGCCAUGGCUGCCCAGGCUGUGCCUACUGCCCUCAGUAGAACUGGGGUGGACAUACACCUUCGUUGUCAACGACAGAAAUAAAUUUAAUGAAACAUGAA